UCAGCUGUCACAGUCCGAGCCGGAGGGACCGCAGCGGAGCACGAACAGCCAACACAAGCCAGGAAAAAUGUCCACUUUUUCAGACAAGUUCAGCGCAUACACGAUGGCCCAGCUACACGAGAUCAUCGAGGACGACGAGAAACUCACGAAAAUGGUUCAGGAGAUGGACGAGAUGCAGGAGGUCCAGCAGAGCAAAGAGCGGACCCUGGCGAACAACCGGACCCUGGCUGAGGAGAACCUGGCCCUGCAGCCCAGACUGGAGCACAAGAAGGAGCAGCUCACCAAGCACUACGGCCGCCUCCAGGAGAGCUUCGAGGCCUAUCAGCUCCGCAAGUCCACUCUAGACCACAAGUCAGGAAACACCUCCCUGGACAUUUUGCUGGCCCUGCUGCAGGCGGAGGGAGCGAAGAUCGAAGAGGAGACGGAGAACAUGGCCGACUCCUUCCUGGACGGCGACGUGACCCUGGACUCCUUCAUCGACUCGUACCAGAGCAAGAGGAAACUGGCCCACCUGCGGCGCGUGAAGAUCGAGAAGCUGCAGGAGAUGGUGCUGAAGGGCCAGCGGCUGCCGCAGGCGUCCGUCCCCCCCUCCCGCUCUCAGGACGUGUCGGCCGCGGCGGCCUCCGUCCUUGCCAACGCCGACGGCAGCUCCUCCUCCCCGGUCCCGCAGCCCAGGAGGAAGCCGCCGCUCCCUCCGUCACAGCCCGUCCCCGCCCUGAAUCCUCUUCCUGCUGCCUCCGCCGCCGCCCCCGCCCCCCAGCCUCCUGCCUUCUUCUCGCCGUACCCGCCCAUCCCGCCCAGGACGGGGCAGCCCUUCCCCAACGUGUCCGGCUACCCCAGCCACUACCUGUCCCAGUACCCGCAGGCCCUGCCCCAGAGGCCGGCGCCCCGCCUGGCCCCGCAGCCCGGCUUCAUCAUGCAGUAAACCCACCAAGUUGCCACUCGGGAGGAACGCGGCGUGUGUGUCUGUGUCCAAGACUCUUCUCACUCCCGGAACUUCUCUGAGAACAACUUUACUGCGUCGUCCGCCUUCUUGGAUUACGACCGAUCACGACGCGAGAAGGCGGACCCGGCACCGGCUGGUCUGGUCGCGCUCAGCUGAAGCGGACUCCCCUCCCCCCCACACCUCCAAUCAGACCUCUGUGGAUUCGCGCUCAAGUCCCAUUCCUGCCAACAACACUCCCGAUAAAGUUGACGUCUGCGGUCACGUGAGCCGUGCAGAGCCGUGCAGAGCCGCAGCAUCUCUGGCCCCAUUCGCAUUGCCCUCCAAACACGUUCCUCCCGUUUUUAAACGGGGGUUCGAUUAGCCAUUCAAAUCUUCACUAUCCCAUUUUUUCCAGAUAACAUAUAUGCAAGCAAGGAGAGACCCUACUUACUGUGCAGUUUCCCCAAAACAUAUUCAGGCAAGAGACUGCAUCUAUGCUGUGAUUUUCUCUUCUUUUCAAUUCAAAAUAUUCAAAAGGUACAUAGAAAUCUUUGAAUUGCAUUACGCUGAUAUAGUUCUAAUGGAGUUCUGUUAAUAAUAGCCAGGAUAGACUGAUUAACACGAGUGGGCGUGUCUCCUCUCUGCCGUGUGAGAGUCCAGACCCGCCCUGUUCAAGAUGGCGGCUGAGGCUGAGCAGUCCGCCUUGGGGCAGCCGAACCAGUAGAGACUGAACUGUUUUUAGUGGAGGCCCGCUGAGCCUCGCCUGAAAUGAAGGAUUCAUGUAUAGCCAUACAGUACACUCCAGAUGUGUGUGUGUGUGUGUUGUUUUCUGUGGGUCUCCAUUGUGAUGCAACACUCCUUUUUUUUUGUGUGUGUGUGUGGAUGUGAUAUUAAUGAUGUCUUGAUCGCCCUCAGCUGGGAUUGGGAAAUGGCGCCGACAGUCCACCGGAUGUGGUGGCACUCGCUGUUCGGUUCCUUUCAGUUUUCUGUGGCGCUGAGCACCAAAGACUCCCCACAUCAGUCUGUGUCUCACUCUCUUUUAUUUCCAUGUGAGUAAAGACCAUCAGUCCCAACAUAUCCGUGUGUGAAACACUUUUUUUUUUUUUUUUUUUGGUGAAACCAGAUGUCUCGAGUAAGAACUUUUGAAGCCAUCCUGGCUUUGGGAGGACUUGUUUUUUUUUCAUUUUUGUCUGGUGUGAUUAUAAAAAAUGGAGAAAAACAACAAAAAGGACAUUUAUUUCUUUCCUCCUGUCGCUGUGCACUGUUGAAGAGCCACGAGUGCCUACACUUGAAGUGACGUUGAUCACGUGCUGACUGCUCCACGUUUCAAGCCCUGACUCUUCAGAUGGGGGAAAAAAAAAAAAAAAAACCCAAAAUUUUCAGUUUUCUUAUCCUGCUGCUGAAGGUUGAGCCCA